GAGGAGACUGCUAAUGCUAUGUACCGGGACACUGCUAAUGCUGCUUGCCGUGCUGCUGUAGCUCAGUCGUAACUUUAACUGAUGCUGAGACUCUACUGACUGUGUGACUGGUAGAUGGCGGUGGGUGGCGCAACAGGACAAAACACAAAUUCAAAACAUAAACAUGAUUUGCGGACCGUGAAAAUGCUAACAAUAGGUAACGCUGUAAACUCCAAGAUGACAUGCUUCAGAGACAUGCGUUGCUUCACAGGUUGUUCCUGUCAAUCACAACUUCUUCUUCCCAUCCCGUUUUUCUUUUCUGAAGGUAAGUUACUACUUUAGCGCAUUAUGCCUCUCAGGUUUAAGGUGGAACUGCAACUUUAAAAGUGCGGUUUACAUUCAGUGUCGUAUAGCUAAUUUUAAGAUACUGGGGUGGCACCUGGGGUGGCCAAUCAGAUUUCAGACCCAAGGCCACUCCCUGAACCCGCCCCUGGCACAGUGAGGUAUGUGAGAGGAGAGGAAGAGGCUGGUGUGGCAGUGCUUCAAUGAGAACGGAGAGUGUCUGUAGCAGGCCACUCCUUUUUCUCUGUGCAUCUCAUAAACUCCUCUCUCACGUAGUCUCCUCUCUUAUACCGUCAUGGCUUUGGCAGGGAAAUACGAGCUGGAGAGUGAAGAAAACUUUGAGGAGUUUCUGGGAGCAAUUGGGCUUCCCAAGGCCAAGACAGACCACAAAGUGGUAACGGAGGUGGUUCAGGAUGGGAACAACUUCACCUGGACACAAACUAUUCCCAACUAUUCCUGGUCCAAUAAGUUCACCGUUGGUCAGGAUUGUGAGCUGACAACGAUGAAGGGGGCCAAAGUCAACGCUCCUGUCACUAUGGAGGGCGGCAAGAUUUCAGUACCAUUUUCUGAGUACAGCUUCACAGCAGAGAUCAUUGAGGAUAAGCUGGUGAUGAUCUGCAGAACUCCGGGAGAGAAGGGUGUGACUUUUAAAAGAGUUAGCAAGAGGAUCUGAAGCUUCAAGACUCAACAUGCAGCAACAAGUGGGAACGAGGCUGCACGUGGGAGGUAAUGAAAGUGCUUCCUCCAGUUACUGAGGCAAGAUGAAUAUAGUGACCAUCUGUAGUGAGGGGCAAGUGGAACAUCUCUUGGCUUCACCGGACUGUAUUUUGUGGUUUUACUUUCUGAUCUAACUAAAGGGAAGGGGUAAAACUAUAUGUGCUGCAUUUUUACAAUGAUGAAAUAACUCACCUGUACCAGUAUCCAUGUUUGAUCUGAUAUAGAUCACUGAAAUAUAGCAUGUUUUGCCACCAAUAAUGGGAUUUCCUUUCAUUUGUCUCACACCUUUGAAGUUGUGUUAUGGUCUCUGAAUUAAAAAAGUAUAAUCGUACACAUACACACUG